GAGAAGAAGAAUCAUCAUCACCACAAUGUCUUCCGCGGAGUCUGCGAGUCUGGGCCGAGCGUUGUGCAUCAUCACCGGGGCCUCCAGGGGCUUCGGCCGGGCAGUGUCCCGGGAGCUGUCACGGCUGGUGACGCCGGGCUCCGGACUCGUGCUGGCGGCUCGCUCCGGUGAGGACCUCCAUGAUGUGCAGGCAGAGCUGGCCGCCUCAGAGGCGGGCCGAGCCGGGCUCAGGGUGGAGAGCGUAGUGGCUGACGUGGGUCGGACGGAGGGGCUGGAGGCAAUUAUCAGAGCCGCGAAAGACGCGCUUAUCGAGCAGAUGGAUCACGUGAUGCUGGUCAACAACGCAGCCUCUCUGGGUGACGUGUCACGCUUCGCUGUGAGUUUCAGCGACCUCGCCGAGGUGGACUCGUACCUGUCGCUGAACGUGAGCUCCGCCUGGUGCCUCACCGCCCGGGUGCUGCAGGCAUUCCCGCAGCGCCCAGGUCUGAGGCGCACCGUGGUGAACAUCAGCUCACUCUGCGCCAUCAAGCCUUUCCCAUCCUGGGCACUCUACUGCACUGGGAAGGCUGCCCGGGACAUGAUGUUCCAGGUGCUGGCACUGGAGGAGCCGGACGUCCGGGUGCUCAGCUAUUCACCAGGACCGCUGGAUACGGCCAUGCAGGUGGAGGCUCGCUCCAGGUCAGCUGACCCCAGCAUCAGGAAGUUCUUUAGUGACCAGUUCGCCGAAGGCAAGCUGCUGAGCUGUGAGGCGUCCUGCGCCAAGCUGAUGAAGCUGCUUCUGGAGGACAGCUACACCUCCGGUGCUCACGUCGAUGUCUACGACCUGUAGACUCGGAGCAGGUAGCACAGCCCACAGUUUCCUGAUGACAUCGGCGCAGACCCUAACGUAAGCUCGGGUCGACCCAUACACAUUCCACAGACUGUAUAAAAAGAUGGCAACAGCAUGACCUCAGCAGAGGGCGCUGAUAUCUCAUGCUGGUUCCCUGUGAUGAUCUCAUCACAUCUUGAUUCCCGUGCUGUGUUGAAGCCGUUUUCAGGUGCCUUACUUGUUAAAGAGCUUUAAGUGGAUCCGUUUGGUGUUCGUGCUGCUUGGUGCAUCUGACAUGUAACUUCUUUUGUGAUGAGUUCACUUUUGUAAACUUGAUAUUGGUCAAGUUAGAAAUAAAUCUGAGAGUAGCUGUGUGGUCA